UCAGGACCUAAAUUUGAGGAAUAAGUCCCCCUGUCAGUGGAGGAUGGGAUACUUCAACCUGGGGAAUAAAAUCAAACGCAGAGCCUCAGAGUCAACCAGCAGCCUCUCCUAAAGCAAUUACAAAGCCAGUUCGGAGAACGGUGGUAGAUGAAUCUGAAAAUUUCUUCAGUGCCUUUCUCUCGCCAGCGGAUGUCCAGACCAUUCAGAAGAGUCCAGUGGUAUCCAAACCGCCGGCUAAAUCACAGAGACCAGAAGAAGAAGUGAAAAGCACCUUACAGGAGACUGUGCACACUGGAGGGUCAAGAACUCCUGAAACAACUGAGUCAAAAGGGACUGACUCUUUUCCCUGUGUAUCCCCAGGGGAAAAUCGGACAGUAGCCACUCUGUCACCUAAAACUGAGGGCGAGCAUGGAGAAACCGUUAAUAAAGAUUCUGAUAUGAAGGUGUCAACCCUAAGUUCGAAGGUAUCUGAGAGUGUAAUUAAUGUGAAAACAACGAGGGAAAGUGUGUCUAACAUGUCUACGCAGUCUCCCACAGCAGAAACAAAGGACAUAGCUUCAGAAGCAAAGGAACAGAAACACGAAGACAGACAGAGCAAUACACCUUCUCCUCCCGUUAGUACCUUCUCCUCAGGUACUUCUACUACCAGUGAUAUUGAAGUUUUAGAUCAUGAAAGUGUAAUAAGUGAGAGCUCAGCAAGUUCGAGACAAGAGACUACAGAUUCAAAAUCAAGUCUUCACUUGAUGCAGACAUCUUUUCAGCUUCUUUCAGCAUCUGCUUGUCCCGAGUAUAAUCGUUUAGACGACUUCCCCAAACUCACUGAGAGCUGCUGCUCAUCUGAUGCUUUUGAAAGAAUAGACUCGUUUAGUGUACAGUCAUUAGAUAGCCGAAGUGUAAGUGAAAUCAAUUCAGAUGACGAAUUGUCAGGCAAGGGUUAUGCUUUAGUGCCUAUUAUAGUUAAUCCUUCAACCCCAAAGACUAAAGUAGUUGAACCUGUUGAAGGAAAAUCUGAGGAAGAAGUAAAUGAAACAGUUAUACCCACUGAGGAAACAGAAAUGGAAGAAAGUGGACGGAGUGCAACUCCUGUGAACUGUGAACAGCCUGAUAUCUUGGUUUCUUCUCCGCCAAUAAAUGAAGGACACACUGUCUUAGACAAGGUGGCUGAGCAGUGCGAAGCUGCAGGAAGUCAGCCAGAAGCACUUUCUGAGGAGGAGGACAUUUGCAAGAAAGUUGCAUUUCUGAACGAGAAACUGGACAAAAGGGAGGCUCAGUUAUUAUCUCUUAGUAAAGAAAAAGCACUUCUAGAAGAAGCUUAUGAUAAUCUGAAAGAUGAAAUGUUCAGAGUGAAAGAAGAAAGCAGCAGCAUUUCUUCCUUGAAAGAUGAGUUUGCUCAAAGAAUUGCAGAAGCAGAAAAGAAAGUUCAGCUAGCCUGCAAAGAGAGAGAUGCUGCUAAAAAGGAAAUCAAAACUAUGAAAGAAGAACUUGCGACUAGAUUAAAUUGUAGUGAAACUUCAGACCUUUUGAAAGAGAAAGAUGAGCAGAUCCGAGGAUUAUUGGAAGAAGGAGAAAAACUUUCAAAACAGCAGUUGCAGAGUUCUAACAUCAUUAAGAAAUUAAGAGCUAAAGACAAAGAAAAUGAAAAUAUUAUUACAAAGCUGAAGAAAAAAGUUAAAGAGCUAGAAGAAGAGUUGCAACAUUUGAAACAGGUCCUUGAUGGUAAAGAAGAAGUUGAGAAACAACAUAGAGAAAAUAUUAAAAAACUAAAUUCUGUGGUCGAACGUCAAGAGAAAGAUCUUGGCCAACUUCAAGUGGAUAUGAAUGAACUUGAAGAAAAGAACCGAAGUAUUCAGGCUGCUCUUGACAGUGCAUACAAAGAACUUACUGAUCUCCACAAAGCCAAUGCUGCAAAGGCUAGUGAGGCACAGGAAGCUGCUCUGAGUCACGAAAUGAAAGCUAAGGAAGAACUUUCUGCAGCUCUAGAGAAGGUCCAAGAAGAAGCCCGUCAGCAGCAAGAAGCAUUAGCCAUUCAGGUGGGGGACCUGAGGCUGGCCCUGCAGCGUGCAGAACAAACAGCUGCCAGAAAAGAGGAUUAUUUGCGCCAUGAGAUCAGUGAACUCCAGCAGAGACUCCAGGAAGCAGAAAAUCGAAACCAGGAACUGAGUCAAAGUGUUUCGUCAACGACAAGACCAUUGCUUCGACAGAUAGAAAAUUUGCAGGCAACACUAGGGUCCCAGACAUCGUCGUGGGAGAAGUUAGAGAAGAAUCUCUCUGACAGGCUGGGUGAAUCUCAGACCUUGUUGGCAGCAGCCGUUGAAAGAGAACGUGCGGCUACGGAAGAACUCCUUGCCAACAAAAUUCAGCUGUCUUCCAUGGAGUCACAGAAUUCUCUCUUAAGACAGGAAAACAGUAGAUUUCAGGCCCAGCUAGAAUCAGAGAAAAAUAGGCUAAUAAAACUGGAAGAUGAAAAAAAUAGGUACCAGGUUGAAUUAGAAAACCUAAAAGAUGAUUAUGUGAGAACACUUGAAGAGACAAGGAAAGAAAAGACACUGUUGAACAGUCAGUUAGAAAUGGAGAAAAUGAAAGUUGAACAAGAAAGGAAGAAAGCCAUUUUUACUCAAGAAGCAAUAAAAGAAAAGGAACGGAAACCAUUUUCUGUUUCUAGCACGCCCACAGUGUCACGAUCAAGUUCAAUAAGUGGAGUUGAGAUGGCAGGGCUGCAAACAUCUUUCCUGUCUCAGGAUGAGCCUCAUGAUCUCUCACUUGGACCAAUGUCUGUAUCAGCAAGUGGAAGCAAUCUUUAUGAGGCUGUAAGGAUGGGGGCAGGAUCCAGCAUUAUUGAAAAUCUACAGUCCCAGCUACAACUAAGGGAAGGAGAAAUUACUCAUUUACAGGUAGAAAUUGGCAGUCUAGAAAAAACACGCUCCAUAAUGGCUGAAGAGCUAGUUAAAUUAACAAAUCAAAAUGAUGAACUCGAAGAGAAAGUGAAGGAGAUACCCAAACUUCGAACUCAGCUAAGAGAUUUGGAUCAGAGAUACAACACUAUUUUGCAGAUGUAUGGAGAAAAAGCGGAAGAGGCGGAAGAACUUCGAUUAGAUCUUGAAGAUGUAAAAAAUAUGUAUAAGACUCAAAUAGACGAACUUUUAAGACAGAGGCUCAGUUAACUUAUGAAAAUUACAUUCCCAUCAAACUGAAUGUAAUCAUUUAAUAACUAAAUGCAAACUUUCAAUAAAUUCUCUUGUAGAAUUAGAAA